AUGGCCCAGGGGCGCUCCACCGAUGAGGACCCACUCACACUGGCCAUGGCGCCCCCACCGGACGAAACCUUGGAACAGAGGCUGGUUAGGGAGGCUGCAGAAGCGGAGGCGAAGAGAAUUAGCGACGAGAUUGACGAGCAGAUACGGAAGGAGAGAGAGCAGCUGAGGAGGCAGAGGAAGCCUGUGAAGCUGCUAUUGCUUGGGCAAAGUGAGAGCGGAAAGACGGCAACGUUGAAAAACUUCCAACUCACCUAUGCCCGACGCGAGUGGUCAGAGGAGAAGGCCGCCUGGCGCGCAGUCAUCUUCCUCAACCUCGUACGCAAUGUGAACGAAAUCGUCAACCAUCUUGCGAGCGAGAUGUCGGAUCUACCCUACCACCCCGACGAUUCCAGCGAAGACCUGCAGAUCAUCCGGGCUCCCCGGGCGCUGCCCAGACUCAAGUUCACCGACAAGCACCGCGAGCUACGGACGCGCCUCGCGCCCCUUGCCACCGUCCAGCUGACCCUCGAGAGUCGGCUCGGUACGGCCAGCCUGGAACUGCACUCAACGAGCGUGAACACCGCCGCACCGUUCGACGCCCCUUCCUCUCCAACCUCCACAUACAGCCGGCGGCGCGGUCUGCAGGAGUUCUCCAUCAAUUCGUCGAACGGGUGGAAGUCGGCGCUGGACAAGUUCCGGACGCUGCGUAACACACCAUCGCGUGCGGGGCUCGAGAACGGGAGCGUCAGCGAGGAGGGCGGCAGCGGUGGCCUGAAGAGGGACAAGGGGCAGGACUCGACGGACUCGACGGAGGACGAGAUCGCUGAGACUAUCGCUUCGUGUCGGGAGGACAUCAAGCUGCUGUGGGAGGACGACAUCGUGCAGGAAACGCUGGCGCGGAGGAAGGUACGGCUGGAGAACGCUCCAGGGUUCUUCAUCGCCGAUGCGGAGAGGAUAGCGAGGCGCGACUACCAGUCGACGGACGACGAUGUUAUCCGGGCACGGUUACGGACACUGGGUGUGCAGGAGUACCGUUUUAUAUUUGACCAUGGACGGACGAUGGGCCAGGAGUGGCGGUUGUACGACGUCGGUGGGACGAGGAGUAGUAGAGGUGCUUGGUAUCCUUACUUUGACGAUGUCGACGCCAUCAUCUUCCUCGCCCCAAUAUCCCCCUUCGACGAGAAGCUAGCAGAAGACCGACGGGUCAACCGUCUUGAAGACAGCUACCUUCUCUGGCGCUCCGUCUGCGCAUGCAAGCUGCUCGCACGGACACAAAUCAUCCUCUUCCUGAACAAGUGUGAUUUGUUGCAGGCAAAGCUGCAGCGGGGCAUACGGAUACGCGACUCGGUGCCGAGUUUCGGAGACCGGAAGAACGACCUGGGGACGGCGACGCGGUAUUUCCAGCAGCAUUUCAAGGAGAUCUCACGGAACAACUCGCCAGUGCAACGGCCGUUCUACGUACACCUCACCUCCGUCAUCGACACACGGUCAACAGCCGUCACCCUCGGUGCUGUCGAAGAGAGCAUUCUCCGCGAACAUUUACGCCGUGCCGACCUAAUGUAA